AAUAAUCACACGAAUAACAGGUCUGACUGAAAAUAAAAAUAAAAGCCCACAGCCACAACUCAGUAUUCUUCUAGAAAACGUAACAGCUUUAUAACAGGUAGCAGUCCUCGCUCUGUAAUUGGUCCAAAACGCCCCCUAGCAAAGAUCAUGGCCCCAUAUGAGGGAGCCUCGGCGGCAGUCGGCGGCGCGGCUCAGUUUGCUUCCUCGCUGCGUUCCAGCUCAUAUCCAGGAACGAUCAUGCUUUAUCUCAGGAUGUUUUCCACGGUUAGCGCACAUAGUGCCGUCUGAUGCAAAUGUGGAGUGUGUGCCGAACUGAUUCAGUCCGCAGCAGAUGUGAGAUGCUCUGCCUUCGCCAUGGCCAAAAGUCAAUUUCCAUGGGGGGUCCUCAGAAAGCCUCUGUACGUCCAGUCCAGAUUCUCCUACCUACAUAUGAAGUACCUGUUCUUCUCCUGGCUGGCAGUGUUCGUGGGAAGCUGGAUAGUGUACGUGGAGUACUCAUCAUACACAGAGCUAUGUAGAGGGCAUGACUGCAAAAAUUCUAUUUGUGACAAAUACAGGAAAGGAGUCAUUGAUGGCUCAGCCUGCAGCAGCCUGUGUGAGAAGGAAACACUUUACCUGGAAAAGUGCUUUACUGCCAAACCGAACAGCCAGGUUUACUCAGGAAACUGGGGAGAUUUACAGGGAGUCAUUAAGUGCCAGAUGGAGGAGGCCCCCCAUUAUGAUCUUGGAGGUGAGAUGGAGCCAAGAAAGGAAGCUGUUCCUGCUGCUUUCAACAAGCCCACCAAAGGAACCUCAGUGGAAAUGUUUAGAGAGAUGAUAAUCAGCCACCUAGAGGCUAAAGUGGGGGAUCAAGCCAAUCUCGCAGACCUGGCAACACAAGUAUUGUCCUUCACAGAUUCCAAUAAAGAUGGCCACAUCUCACUGCCAGAGGCUCGCUCCACCUGGGCCUUGCUGCAGCUCAAUGAGUUCUUGCUGGCGCUGGUCUUGCAGGAACGAGAUCACACACCCAAGCUACUUGGCUUCUGUGGAGAUCUGUACAUGAUGGAAAAGGUGUCAUACUCUCCACUGUAUGGGAUCAGCCUGCCUUGGAUCACUGAGCUGUGGAUUCCUGCUGGUCUGCGGCGCAGCAUGGAACAAUGGUUCACCCCCUCAUGGCCACACAAGGCCAAGAUCUCCAUUGGCCUGCUGGAACUGGUGGAGGACAUUUUCCACGGCCCUUACGGCAGCUUCCUCAUGUGUGAUGUGAGGACUACCACCUUCGGCUACAACGAGCGGUAUGAUUUUAAGGUCAUGGACGCCCGCUACAUCAUUCCUGAAGCCACCUUCCAGGAAAGAAUUAGACAGCAACGCUGCGACGUAGACAUGGAUUGUCUCUAUGGGACGGACUGCCUAACUAGCUGCGACCUUACCAAACAUCGCUGCACAACUGAGGUCACCAGACCAAACUUGGCAAAAGCCUGUGACACCCUUAAGAAUUACAUCCUGAGAGGAGCACCAUCUGAUCUGAGCGAUGAGCUUGAGAAACAGCUCUAUGCUUGUAUUGCACUAAAAGGCUCAGCAGAACAGAUGGAGAUUGAGCACUCCCUCAUCCUGAACAAUCUUAAGACUUUGCUAUGGAAGAAGAUCUCCCAUACAAAAGAUUCCUAAACAGGACCCCUAAGCUUCCUGCUUCCUGUAAAUGGACAAUCAGUUUCAUAGUGGCAACAUUUCGCUUAUAUUUAGCACUAUCUGUAUAAAUUUUAAUUUUAAGCCGUCUGCUCAGUCAUUUUAAUAUCAUGUACUAAUUAUUCAAAGGACUAAACAUCGGACAGUUACCAGUAUUAAGGGACAUCUCAAUAUAUUAGAGUAUCAUAGAAAAGUUGAUUUCUUUCAGUGAUUCAGUUCAAAAAGUGUAUCUUAUUAUAAACACUGCUCAAAAAAAUAAAGGAACACUCAAAUAACACAUCCUAGAUCUGAAUGAAUGAAAUUCUCAUUGAAUACUUUGUUCUGUACAAAGUUGA